AUGCUUGCAGCUGCACGUAAAGGCGACCUAAUCGAGGUCCUCAAUGCCGGCGAUGGAUCAUGGUGGAUGGGAAGAUUGAAGCGCGACAGGCGCAUGGUCGGACUGUUCCCAUCCAACUUUGUCGAACUGCUCAGCGAGGACUAUCAGCCAUGGAAUCGCAACGCCAGCCCGAUGAGCGGUGCAGGAAGCAUCGUGUCGCGACAGAACAGCGCAGUGGAGCCGGCGAAACCACCACCACAGAAGUCGAAGAGCAUGUUCCGGAAGCCCUUCACAGCUUAUGCGGCUGCAUCUGCUCCGAACCCAGCUGCGGCCUCUGAAGACGAAGACACCCUACUCGUCGAUGAAGAGGUCGUCUACGGAGAGCCGCGAGUCCCCGUCGCCUGCACCAGCAUCAAGAGCGCCAUCGAAUCUGCGCGCAGUGUCACCUCGACCGCCUUCAAAGCGACCAUCUGUAGUCUCUCGAGCGGUGUCGCCUGCGCCUUCACGCCAUGGCUCCCGCAUACAACGCAUAACAAGGGCAGCUUUACACCCUCGCCACUUACAACCGCCAUGAACGAUGUGAUGUCCUCGCUUCAGGACAUGACAAUGUCGCGGAGUGCCAACUCGCCCGAACAGCCAGCCACACCCUCAGCACCAUGGUCACCGGACGCCUUCGAUCAAGUCUACCAGGCGUCAGCGAAGAAAGCUCGAGCGAACUCUGCAGUGGAGGUCGGAAGCCAAGGACCAGACGAGGAGGAUCUCGAUGAGGAGGGCAUUCCGAAUGUCAACAACUAUGUUAAGCGCAUGGAGAGCCGCUUGCGGCGUAUGAAGCAGCAAGAAGCAGCGAAUGCCGAAGAGGUUAUCAACGGACCACCACCUACAGUGCCUCUGAAGGGCUCAGCUUAUCCGAGGGCAGGAUCGUCCAUGGGCGAGGCAGAACCUGAUGUAGAAAGAAAGGGCUCGAAGAUGCUCCGUCAUCGCAAGUCUGCUUACGACGUUGGACGCAAUGUUCUAGGUCGCACUUUCACCAGCAAGACCAACUCAACUACAACGACACAUACGAGCGCGAGCACAAACCGCAGCCUUAUGUCUGGACAUUCUGCUACGAACAUGAGUGCCACGAGCGCAGGGAGCUACUAUCGUAAGAAGUUUACGAAGGAUCCUAGACCGAAAAGUAUGAUGGAGCCCCGGGAACAAGUAGGCAAAGGCUUCGGAUUCGAUGACGGUAGGCCGGAAACGCCCUUUACUGGCAUUACUUACCAUUCGAGCCAUGCGUCUCAAUCAAGACCCGGAACUAGUCAUGGUCGAGAGGAAGUCAGCACACCUGCCAACGAAGGCGCGGAUCCGCUAGGAGGCCUGGUGCAACCAAAGCAUAAACGCAGCGGCUUCUUCCGAAAGAUGAUUGACACAGCCAAAACGCAAGCAGCCAACGCUCGCAGUACCAUAGCUGCAGGGACGAUCAGUAGGCCUGGUUCUCGAGCUGCCAGUCGCGCGCAAAGCCGUGCCGCAAGCCGUGCCGCAAGUCGAAUGGACGGCAAUGCACCGACAGCUAUCGAAGGCGGUCCAUCAGCUCACUCUGCAACUGUAUCAAAAGACAUGGGACUAGGAUCAAUCGAUUGGGUGCAAGUCCGUCGCGACGUGAACCGGUCUAAUUCUCUUAGCAAGAACGAGCGGACGGAACGUGCAGACCGAUGCCAGAUGAUGGACUUCCCAGUCCUCAACCCAAUCGACAUCUUGUACGAAUCCGCCGAAGGUGACGAGGGCCUUGACGGACUACCAAUCGAAGAACCUACCGACUUUCAAGCAACCAGCCUCGCGCAUGUCGACAAGAGCGCUCGCUUCAUCAACAGCAUCCCAUUGGGCACUGCACCUGCGGCUCUGGCACAAGGCUACGUAUGCCGGCCAUACCGAAGCGACAUUCAGCGUCUACGUGCAAUCUUCACCUGGGUCAGCGAGCGUUUGUCAUGGGAAGAGGACUUUGAAGGCGAGAUGGACACCCGGCAUGUGCUGCAAAGCAAACGUGGCUGCUCGCAAGAAAUCGCCAUGGUCGUUGCCGAGAUGUGCGCAUCUGUUGGACUCCAUGCCGAGGUCAUUCGUGGGUAUCUGAAGACACCCGGAGAGCCUCUAGAUCUGGAAAGUGUUGCUCGACCGAACCACUUCUGGAACGCAGUCAUUGUUGAAGGCGAGUGGCGCAUGAUGGACUGCUCACUUGCUGGGCCGACCAACCCCAAGCGCGCUCUCUACUCCAGUGCCGGCUCGAACGUGGCCGAAACGUGGUAUUUUCUCGCUCGUCCGAUGGAAAUGUGCUACUCCCACGUGCCGUUGCUUCCAGAGCAGCAGCAUAUCUGCCCACCACAGCCGCACGAGGUCCUCAUGGCUCUUCCAUGCGCAACUCCGACCUACUUCAAACAUAGCUUACACAUGGUAGACUUUGAUACCAGUCUACUGUGUCUUGACAAUCUCGAGAUGGCUCAUGUCUACAUAGACGUUCCAGAAGACGUGGAGUGUGUCGCUGAAGUCGAAGCACGAGCCUUCUCGCAAGACAUGGACGGAGACUUUUUCGAAAGUGGAGAUUUUGUUAAGAAGCCCGCCCUUGCGCAGGUUGAAUGGUUUAACGGCCAGAAGCGUUACACUAUAAAGGCACUUCUCCCGGGUGAUGAAGGUCAGGGUGUGUUGAAAAUAUAUGCUGGACCGAAGGGUCUAAUGCACUCGAACAAGAUGAAUCCUCACAACCUGGCCGUUGGUCUUCCUAUGACACAUUCUGGCAACAAUCCUCCUUACUCGUUCCUGACACUGCACCCCACUCCACACGCUCAAAGGCACGAUCUCUAUGUGGCUCAACCUCAAUGCGCCAACAUUGCUCUCAACAACACCUUUGUCUUCUGCAUUCGCCAACAUCCUUCAUCUCUCAACAAGUCUCCCGAACCAAGCCCCGCUAUUCACGGCCGCGCGUCUCCUAAUCCGUUUAUACGCCCGACCUCAGCCAUGAGUAUGAUGAGCAUUUCGGCGAGCGGCUCAAACUACACAAACCCUUCCCAGGCCUCUUCUGGAUCUUCAGGCAGCAACAGCAUGAAGCCUGCAAAGCUAGCUGUUCAAACACCUUCUGGCAAGAUUAUUCGAUUGACGAGGAAGAACGAGCACAUGACCAGCACGAAUGAGGCCGACGGUACAUCGUGGGAGACAGUAAUCAAGAUCGGAGAAAAGGGCACGUGGCGAGGCCUGGUGCUCGCAGAUCGCAGUGCAAGAUGGUGCGUGUUUGCGCAAUGGGAGUCCAUGGACGCCCAAAUUGCCGAAUGGCGCACCCGCGCGUCCGCCUUUCAACCCCUCAACCUCAAAGCCAUCGAGCCUGCCCUCCUCGAACUCGAUGCGCACCUGACGCUCCGCACGCACAUUGUCGGAUACACGCUGACUGACGCCGAUACGGAGGUCUGGAGCACUUUGAGGGGAAAUCGCGUAGCGCAUGCGUACAUGAAGCAAGAUCUGCUCAAAAAUGCUUGCAGGUGGUUCAGGUACAUCGAAGAGGCGUAUCCGCAGAGCGUUGUGGUUGUGAACCAAGGGAAGAAGGAGGGAGAUGCUGGCAAGGCCGGGGACAAGAAGAAAAACGAUGAUGCGAACUACGAUAUUGGACUGCAAGAUGUUGGGGACGGGACGGGGAUUUGCACGAGAUUUCCGCCUGAGCCUUCAGGUUACCUGCAUAUUGGCCACGCAAAGGCUGCGCUGUUGAACGACUACUUCGCCCACGAGAAGUACAAGGGCAAGCUGCUGCUGCGAUUCGACGACACCAACCCCACCAAGGAGAAGCAGGAGUACCAGGACGCCAUUGUCGAGGACUGCGCGCUGCUGGGCAUCAAGCCGGAUUCGGUAUCUUACACUAGCGACUGGUUCCAGCAGCUGUACGAGCAGUGUGUGCAGAUGAUCAAGAAUGGUCUGGCAUACGCCGAUGACACGGAGCAGAUGAAGAUGCGCGAGGAGCGUAUGGAGGGCAUUGCGAGUGCGCGCCGUGACUGCACCGUUGAGGAGAACCUGGCCCGUUUCGAGGAGAUGAAGAAGGGCAACGAGGAGGGUGUCAGGUGGUGCAUUCGUGCAAAGAUGUCAGUCGACAACCCGAACAAGGCCAUGCGCGACCCCGUCAUCUACCGCUGCAACCCCCAGGCACAUCACCGCACUGGAGAUGCGUGGAAGAUCUACCCCACCUACGACUUUUGCUGUCCCAUCGUAGACGCGCUCGAGGGUGUGACGCACGCCCUGCGCACGACCGAGUACAACGACCGCGAUGCACAGUACCAGUGGUUCAUCGAGAACUUGAAGCUGCGAAAGGUCCACAACUGGGGCUUCUCUCGCCUCAACUUCGUCAAGACUGUUCUGUCCAAGCGCAAGCUCACCAAGAUCGUCGACGCCGGCAUUGUCUGGGGCUGGGACGACCCUCGCAUGCCCACUGUUCGUGGUGUACGCCGCCGGGGUGCCGUCAUUCCCGCACUCCGCGAGUUCAUUCUAAAGCAGGGCCCUUCCAAGAACAUUGUCAACCAGGACUGGUUCGCUUUCUGGGCCACCAACAAGAAGCACAUCGAGCCCACCGCAGCCCGCUACACGGCCAUCGACGAAGACUCCAAGGUGCCCGUCACCAUCAUCGGUGCUCGCGAGGGCGUCAUCACAGAAGACAAGCCCAAACACGCCAAAUACGAUCUCGGCAACAAGAAGAUCGUCUUCAGCUCAAAUGUCCUCCUGGAGCAAGCCGACGCCCAAUCCUUCGCUCAGGACGAGGAAAUCACCCUCAUGAACUGGGGCAACGCCAUCGUGCGCAAGAUCACCCACUCGCUGAACCCGCUCAACAUGAAGAAAGUCACCGGUCUCGAGCUCGAACUCCACCUCCAGGGCGACGUCAAGAAGACCAGCAAGAAAGUGACAUGGCUAAGCACUGACCAGAACCUCAUCCCGAUCGAGCUCGUCGACUUCGACUACCUGAUCACCAAGGACAAACUCGAGGCUGACGAUACGCUGGAGGACUUCCUCAACCCUCAGACCGAGACGCGCACCAAGGCCGUGGCGGACUUGAAUGUGGCUGAGCUCAAGGUCGAUGAUAUUGUGCAGUUUGAUCGCAAGGGCUUUUUCAGGAUUGAUAAGGCGUUCAAGCAUGGCGAGGCGGUUGUUGCGUUCCAGAUCCCGACGGGGAAGAGCAAGUAAAGUAUGUGCGUCUUGGAGUAGGAUGCGUACGCCGAGCUAGGAAAGCUGGGGGAUGUGACGCAAGAGGAGAAUGAAUCAUAUAAGUCGAU